AUCCAAAAGGAAAGGAGAAAAUGGCUUCUUUGCUUCUUUGGCAGCGGAAAGCUUCAACCUUCGGGGUUUCUCGCAUCCUUCAAGUGUGUGUUUACUUCAUCUGUCCCCAUAUGUGGUAUCCUACUGCCCGAAGGAAGUAACGCAAGGUUUUCCUGCAUGUGGGCCCCCCCAAUGGUGGUAAAACAUACCAGCUUUGAAGUGGCUUGAGUCAAGCGCUUCAGGUAUGUAUUGUGGCCCUUUAAGAUUGUUGGUGUGGGAAGUGGCAAAACAAAUGAACAAGGCAAAAGUUGCUCUUGAUCUAAUUACAGGACAAGAGAGAGACGAAGUUCAUGGUGCAAGGCACAAAGCUGUCACAGUGGAGAUGGCUGCUGUAACCUCCCAUUACCAUUGUGCUGUUAUUGAUGAAAUACAAAUGUUGGGCUGUAAAACAAGGGGUCUUUCAUUCACACGUGCUCUAUUGGGAAUUGCUGCUGACGAACUUCAUCUUUGUGGAGAUGCGGCUGCUGUUCCUCUUUUUCAGGAAGUGCUGAAAGUGACUGAUGAUAAUGUAGAGGUCCAAACUUAUGGAAGACUUUCACCACUUGUUCCUCUAGAAGUUCCACUUGGAUCUUUUUCUAAUAUAAAAACAGGAGAUUGCAUUGUAACAUUUUCACAUCAACAGAUCUAUAAAUUUAAGCAAAUUCAGGAUGGGGGGAAACAUCUUUGCUUUGUGGUUUAUGGUUCAUUGCCACCAGAGACUCGUACAAGACAGAAAAAAAUGUUUAAUGAUGAAACUAGUGAGUUUGAUGUGCUUGUGGCCAGUGAUGCAAUUGGGAUGGGUCUUAAUCUGGAUAUUUCUAGGAUCAUAUUCUCCACUAUGAAAAAGUUUGAUGGUGUUGAAAUGGGGGAGCUUACAGUACCAGAGAUAAAGCAGAUUGCAGGCAGAGCUGGCAGGUGUGGAUCCAAAUUUCCUGUUGGUGAAGUGACUUGUUUACAUGCAGAUGACCUACCAUUACUUCAUUCAUCAUUAACGGCCCUGUCUCCUAUACUAGAGGUGAUGGCAUUGUCUUUUGUAAUUCUCAUGAAAAUCUGCUUUAACUUGGUUUUGUAAACACCAAGGGGGCUACACUUUUAUGUGUUUCCACAUUUUGCUGUUUACUGAAUCUGAGUAACUUAUAUAAUGCAGCGAGCUGGACUGCUUC